AACAUGAUUAUCAUGUCACGUACGCUUUUCCAUCUCUUUCGUUUUCCUGUUGAUCGACGAGGUCCGUCUGUGAGUGCUGGGGCUGGAUUCUGGAGACCUUUAAUCUCUCUUUUUCUUAUUUCCUUUUCUAUUUUAAUUUCCCCUAUUUCCUUUUAAUUUAACUGGUUCAUGCUCUAGUUGUUAUUUUGAUUUUUAUAUGUUAUGCAACUACAAGAAUAUUUAUUAGGAGGCUGCACUCUACAAGCUCCGCUUUUUAGCAGCCUCCUCCAUUUCCAACCUGAUAUGUAAUAAUCUUGAAUAUAAUUUUUGUACAGGAAUACUUGAAAUAUGUUUUGUUAUUUAUAUGUUAAAAUGUACAAAAUAAACUGUAAUUGUUGAAAAUGGAAAUAAACGAAAUGAAAUGAAAUGGUGUUAGUGCUGGUUGUUGUGCGGAUGUUGGUAUUAGCCAUGGGGCUGGUGUUGGUGGUAGUGCUUGUGAUGGUGUUGUUGCUGGUGUUAGUGCUGGCGUUGGUAAUGGUGAUGGUGUUAGUGGUGUUGGUGUCGGUUCUGAUGCUAGUGCAAGUGCUUGUGCGGGUGUGGGGGCUGGUGUUUGUGCGGAUUUUGGUGUUGGUGAUGGUUUAGUGCGGUUGUGGGUGAUGUUGUUUGUACUGAUAUCUAUAUUAGAUGUGGAAAUACUGCGGGAUUUCAGGUACGGUGUGGGUGUUCGUGUUUGCGCUGGUGUUGCCGAUGGGGCUGGUGCUGGUGAUGAUGUUGUUGGUGAUGGUGUUUGUGCUGGUGUUAUUGCUGGCGUUGGUAAUGGUGCUGGUGUUAGUGGUGUCGGUUCUGGUGCUAGUGCGGGUGCGGGUGUGGGUGUUUGUGCGGAUGUUGGUGAUGGUUUAUUGCGGUUGUGGGUGAUGUUGUUUGUACGAAUGCUGGUGUUGGUGCAGGUUUGGUGCUGGUGUUAAUGCUGAUGAUGGUGGAGGUGUGGGUACUGGUGAUUGUGCUGGCGUUUGGGGUGGAAGUGAUGCAGGUGUUAGUGAUGGUGUUUGUGCGGGUGUGGGUGUUGGUGUUUGUGCGGAUGUUGGUAUUAGUGAUGGGGCUGGUGUUGCUGUUGGGGUAGUGCUUGUGAUGGUGUUGUUGUUUGUGCGGGUGUUGAUAGUUUGAUAUUAGUAUUAGUAGUUGUGAUUGUCUAAUGUAAGUGAUGGUGUUUUGUUUGGUGUUGGUGCAGUAUUGUUCUAAUGUUGGUGUAGACCCUAUGGACCGUCUGUAUAUAGCUAACAUUCAAAAGCCAGUCACCCCAAUACAUCAAAAAAUUGAUAUCUUAACAUCAAGUGAGUUUUAUCCCAGGACCAGCUGCACUACCGACGUCACCAUCCUCACCACCAUCACCAUCAUCGUCCUCACCAUAAUCAUUAGCAUUAUUGGAUGAGCCGCGCCUAUAAAUGUUUUUUAACAGAAAUACGGCGCAAUAUAAAUGCUGUGGAUCAUUAUCAUCAUCAUAAUUCGUCCUCACCACCAUUAUUAAUAUUAUCACCAUUAUCAUCAUCAUCAUCAUCACCAUAAUCACUAUUAUCAUCUUCAUCCUCACCAUAAUCAUCAUCAUUAUCGUCAUCAUCAUCAUCACUUAUCAUCACCCUCAUCAUCGCUAUCAACAUCGGAUAGCACAUUACCAUGAAUAUCGUAGACAGGUUUAUGCAAUAUCUUGCUUUGAAUUCUAUAUAAGGUAUGAUUAAGCAUCUCUCUAGCUGUAUUAUUGAAGUAAUUAUGAGAUUAUCAUUCAAAAACCUGUGACAGGAAAGUGUCUUAUCAACUCUCAACCCUUUUCCAGAAGUGAUGCCGUUGAGUAAUCGUGAUGGCCGUUAACAUAAGAAUAACGAGUGAUUGACAUUCUCUUCAAUAAAGCAAUCAUGGCAAUAAAGCCUAUCCAAUAGACUCUUAUAUGAUCCUCAUGCUUUCUGUUUACUUCGUGGGCAUCAGAGUAAUCAUGGUAAUUACUAGAUGACAAUUAUCUAGAGAAGUACAAUCGUAUGCGCGUAACAUCUUUCCCGUUCGCCUGCUAGGACACUCAUCGAAUCGGCUCAAAGUUCAGAUACAAUUGCAUCACUUAAAACAUUAUCGUCACCAUACUCAAGGGUAAACCUUUACGUCUCUAAAAUGAAACCGUGCACUUGUUAGUAAUUGCUCGCUCUAAUGGGCAAAACACAGCUGCGGUCUGAAUUCGUAAAUCUACAAACAUACUCACUUUUUUAGGAGCACUAAAUGCCAUAUUCUUGAACGCGCUGCUCAUUUGAGAAACAACAUUACAUCGGGAAAAAAAUGCGACAUAUGGAUACGGCAGCAGAAGGUUAUGAAAUAACAACUAUUUCGGUUGACGAGGAAUAUGAUUUUGAAAAACAAAAUGGCUGCCGGGAGAAGGUUUUCAAUGUGAUGAGCCAUGUGUCAGGGAUUACAGCAGCGGUGAGCAUUGUUGUGAUGAUCGCAACGUUACUUGUCAUCGCUUUACAUCCAAGUCUUCGGAAGAAACAGAAUAUAUUUCCUUUCAACAUUAUCCUGGCGGACUGCGUCCUGUGUCUGCACAUCUUUGUGAAUUAUUCUUUAUGGGCAAGUGGUUCUCCGUUUCAUAACUGCUUAUCUUGCUUGAGGGUAUCACCCUUCGUGGCAUCGCAGAUGGUUUCGGCGGGAAGCAUCUUCCUCGUAGCCUUGGAGCAGCUCAUUGUCUUCAAACUCGAUCCAUUCGGCGUCAAGAAUAUCCUCACCAAGUGUCGCCGUAUCUUUAUCUGCGUCUUGACGUGGGUCCUGAUGAUCGGGAUAGCCAUAUGCGUCACCACCGUGUUCCCCGACCCCAUGCUGCCAAACGCCAGGUUUUACUUCUGCAACGUUUCCAUCGCAUUGACAUGCAUAUUUUACUUCUUGGUGUACAGGGCCAUUGUAGCAGCGCGUUUCGACGGCAACAGUCGGAUUCAGGGACAACGGAACAGAAAUAAGCGCAUCCUGCGGACCUACGCCCUCGUCUUGGGAACAACAUUGAUCUUAGCCACAUGUCCGGAUUGUUACUGCUUCAUCGUGUAUUACAUUAGCCUGCAAUCUAUGCCAAGUUGCGUGACCAUCGUAUGGGUUUUCAUGAUAGCGAUGAACUCGCUGGCGAACACUCUUAUUUACUGGUGGCGUAUUAGUGAGUUCCGUGAAAUCUUCUCAUGCAGCACUGUCAAGUCGACAUCGCCAGGUGAUACCUUGGCUGUCGAGUCAAAGGGGGAAGUGUACAGUCUCCUUUCUGAGGCUACAAAGUCAAAGUCAACGAAAAUUGCUAUGUAAAGGUCAACAUGAUAGCCCAUUUUUUCGGUAUAGUCCAGGGCCCCGUCUUACAAAGAGUUGCGAUUGAUCCGAUCAAUCACAACUAUGGACGGCCAGCAACCUCAACAUCUAAAAUGCAAAUUUGUUAAAAAUAAUUUUUAUAUAUUAUGAUGUAUAUUCAUACAUUCAUCAUUCUCUUGAAGAUUCAGUGUGAUUCUCUUUGUUUACCAAGGAGAUUGUGCAAAUUUUCUGUAGAACAAUUAUGGUGUGGAUGGAUUUCCUUAUAGUUGAGAUUGAUUGGAUCAAUUGUAACUCUUUGUAAGACGGGACCCCGAUUGGACGUUGAUGUACGUGAGCUCUCUUUCCCAAAGCUAACGUAGAGGGCCUGACUCCCAAUUCCUUAGGCAGUGCCAACCACCACAUCUCCCCUCCUUAAUGACGUACAAUCUGGACUAGAUAGGGUAUCGCGAGGGAACGGAGAAACUCAAAGGAAUUAAGAUUUAAGAUUAGAGUAAAAAUAUUUCUGAAUAUCCAUCCAGUCCCAAUUGGCUAGGUAGGAGGGCCACUAAAAUUCUUAAGUGAUGACUUUAAAUGCCUGUGUAUGUUUUAGCGCCAUGGUAUACGUCAAGGGUCACUCCUGAUUCAGUGUGGCAGUUAUUGCCAAGGAGGCAUUCAUGUUCAUGGUCAAUGUGGAUGAAACAAGAGCAAGUGUCGUCAACAAGGCAGUGUUGGGCACACUUGAUCAAUGAUGAAACCUUGACGGAUGAAUCCACAUAGAUAUCGGGGAGUCUUGCAUGGGCGGCCUGCAGCGUUAAGAUGGUGGAUCGCAUCCUUGCUGAAAUUAGAAUUUAAGAGUACAUGAAUAAGUUCAUAAAAUAAUAUGUUUUUUACUCAAUCACCUAUUCAGUUUCCUUUGUCUAAAAAU